AUGGCGGAGAGCGAGUCCCUGGCUGACCCUGGCCCCCGUUGCGGUCGCAGGUGUCGGGGGACCGUGGGCCUGGUGCACGCCGAAUGCCUCGAGCGCUGGCUCACCGAGUCCGGGCACAGCCGGUGCGAGUUGUGCGGCCACCGCUUCGCCACCAAGAGGGUUCCCAGGCACGGCAUCCUGAGGUGCGUCGCGCUCUGGUUCCGCACCGUCGUCGCCACACGGCAGAUGCUCCUGGACGUGCUGUACCUGGCGGUCACGACGCCGCUCGCGCUCUUCUCCUGCUAUGUCUGCGCCCUGGCCCUCGGCAUCGUCCUCGAGAGCGGGGUCCUCGGGGUACCCUGGACGAUCUACGCCAUGCUGCCGACCUGCUCGCUGACGCUCGUGGCCUACUGGGGCUGGCUGAUCACCCUCGGCAGGUUGCACGGCAGAAGGUGGAGGCGCUUCCGGAGGAACAACUUCGUCGUCCACCUCGUCUCGGAGUCGGACCGCGGGGGACGUCGAGGCGCCGACCCGGAGGAGUCGCCGAGCGUCCUCUGA